GUGAGGGUCUCUGGAGCUGCAGGGUGUGAGGGUCCCUGAGCCAGGGGGGGAUUUGGGAGUCCCGAGCCCGGUGAAGGUUUGAGAGUCCCCGGACCAGGUUCCUUCUUCCCAGGCUGGGGAGGUUUGAGGUCUCUGGGUUUGAGGGGUCCUCAGGACUGGGGGGGAAUUUGAGGGGUCCCCAGGACAGGGGGGAGUUUGAGGGGUCCCCAGGACUGGGGGGAAUUUGAGGGGUCCCUGGGCUGGGCAGAGUUUGAGGGGUCCCCAGAACUGGGGGGAAUUUGAGGCUCCCUGGGCUGGGCAGAGUUUGAGGGGUCCCCACGGAUCAGGGGGUGUUUGGAGGAUCCCUGGACAUCGGGGAAUUGCGAGCAUCCUCUCUCCUGGUGAAUUUGUGAUUCCCAAGCCGGGGGGUGUUGUGUUCGGGGGUCUGGGGGUGUUUGGGGGGCUCGGGCCGGGGUCUCUGCCCCGGUUUCACACCCCCACGGGUGCAGGUGGACCGACUACAUCCCGCUGGGCUGCAGGAUGCCGGGCACGCGCUUCAUCGCCUUCAAGGUGCCCCUGAAAAAGAGUUUCGAGCAGAACCUCCUGCCAGAAGAGAGAUUUUCCCCUCGUGACCUGAUCAGGAAGGUCAAGGAGCGGCAGGAGGAGCUGGGGCUGAUCAUCGACCUGACGUACACCACGCGCUACUACGGCCGUGAGGAGCUGCCCCCCACGCUGAGGUACUCGAAGAUCCUGACCAUGGGACGGGAGAUCCCAAACAGAAGAACCAUUCUGAGGUUCAAUUACCUGGUGAAAAAGUUUCUGACAGACAACAGAGACAACGAUAAACUCAUCGGGGUGCACUGCACGCAUGGCUUGAACAGGACUGGCUACCUGGUGUGCAGGUACCUGAUUGAUGUUGAAGGCAUGGAGCCAAAUGCUGCCAUAGAGUUGUUCAACAAGUCUCGAGGGCAUCCCAUGGAGAGACCAAACUACAUCCAGGAUCUGCAGAGGAGAGCCCUGAAAAACUGUGAGCUGAAGAAUUUGGGCUCAGACCUCUCCAGGAGAAAAGGCGGCGCCCCAGGCAGGCCCCAGAAGCAGCUGGUGAAGCAGCAGCCACCCCUGGCAGUGCCCAGGAGUCCCGGCAGCUCCAGGAAGAAGCAGCAGCCUGGCCCCACGGCUCAGGGACAGCCCCAGGAGCCGGGCCACAGGCAUGGGGCCCUGGGGCAGGGGCAGCUGGAGCAGAAACAGCUGGAGCAGCAACAGCUGGAGCAGCUGGAGCAGAAACAGCUGGAGCAGUCCGACCCGUGA